AUGCUACGCGCCGACAGAAUUAAGCAGCAGAUGAAAGGUCAAGUCUGCCAGACGUGCGGUAAGUCUGGCCACAGCAGUGAGCAGCACGCUGCUAUUCCGUCGCCAAAUGCGACGACAACGAUCCAAACCCUACCAGCAGAGCUAAGGCUCGAAAUCCUCUCUUCACUUCCAGCUAAAGACAUCCAGCGUUGCCGUGGUGUGUCAAAGGACUUCCGUAACGUGGUCGAUGUCCAACAGAACUCGCUCCUCAAGGCCGUACGAGGACGAUAUGAUGGUCUUGAAGACGCUCACUACUUCGUUGGCUCUGUCGAAGAGCCAAGCCUGCUGAGAUUCUUGUUCUUCCAUCUGUCAAGGAGGGGAAUUUGGUGUUAUCCUGCUCACACGCGCUACUUCUUGAUCCAGGCGACUCGUCAGUGGUGUGCAAAUUGGUCGCCCACGAUCAGAGCAUUAGUAAGCUAUCUCGACCUCGAGGCCGACGCGGACUAUCCUUUCGCACUAUUUGAGAAGUUGGACGGUGUCGUAGAGGGCAUUGUGCAAGCAUACAUCGACACCCAUUGUCCGGAACUCUUCACCGGUAGACAUAAUGGUGAGGACUACCAGUUCCAAGAUGUCAGUACCCCCGAGAAAUUCCUCGCGAUCUUUGACAACACUGAGCACGACACCAGCUUGAUAGACGAAGCCGAAUAUUAUGGACUGCCUCUUGACCGCGAGGAAUUCCGUCAGUGGUACAUCGACAUCAAGGACCGCAAGGAGCCUCGCAUUCCCUCGUACCCACCAUCGGCUAAGGAUAAGACUGGUAACCACGGGCUUCUCCACGUACCACGACUCGGUGAUCCAUGCCUUCAGAUUCCGGACUUCGUCCUCACUCGGCUCCAAAUCAUCAACAGUCAGAACUACAGGGUGCCAAGGGAAUUUAUCUUCGAGUACAAGGAAUUGGGAGAGGUUCUAGGCGAGAACAUUCCAGAUCUGGGAAUGGAUGGAGCAUAUUGUGUGCGCUCCAAAUGGGCGUUCGACCUUCUUCUGAGCGCAAAAAAGGGACGAGUCCUAGCGCCAUGUCAGAAGGUCGCUGUGCUGGAAGAUCUGUGCGUGUUCUAG